AUAAAACGUGCUGUGGUGCUGGGCGGUUGUUUGUUACGAUCCAUCACUCCAAAGCCAGUGGGGACAUUUAAAAAUAGGGUACUGGUUAUUCGGUUGUCUGUGGGGAUAGAAAAGAAGAUGGAUUUGAGAGCUGGCGUCGUGUUGCUCUACUUAAUGGGGCUCAGCUCUGCGGAUCCAGUCAAGUACUUCGACUGUGGCUCACCUUCAGGCAAGGUGACCGUUGUGGACAUUACUCCUUGUGCCUCUCAGCCUUGCCAGCUGCACAAAGGACAGUCCUACAGUGUCAAUGUGACUUUCAGCAGCACUGUGCAGAGCCAGACGAGCAAAGCCGUGGUUCACGGGAUCAUCGUCGGAGUUCCUGUCCCCUUCCCGAUUCCCAUCGAUGACGGCUGCAAGUCUGGAAUCCAGUGUCCCAUCCAGAAGCGGCAGGGGUAUCACUAUGUGAAUGAGCUGCCCGUCAAGAUGACGUAUCCUGCGAUGAAGCUGGUAGUGGAGUGGGAACUGAGAGAUGACGGCAAUCAAGAUCUGUUCUGCAUUAGGUUCCCUGUACAGAUUGUUUGAAUCAGGUGAUCUGCACAAAUUCCUUCCUUUCUUUCUUUCUUUAAAAGGGAAUCUUGACCAGUAAAAACUAAAUGUGAAUGAUUCUACAUACAGAUCCUUGUUUUACUCACUCUGCAAAUUGAUUUUAAAAUUCAUUUCUUUGCUACAUUUGAUUGCACCGCACCAAUGUUUAAUAACACGUUGCAGACAAAAGGCAGUAAACGUUCCCCCCCCCCCAAUGUCUUAAUUCAGGCACUACAUGUCCUAAUGGCUGCUAUGUAGUCUGAAUUUACACAGCAAACAUUUCUACCUGUACAAACUUUUGUAAUUUCUUAGUCUUUGUGCUUUGUAGAACAUGGAAACUGUAAAUGUAAUAAAUAAAGAACUAUCUCAGUGUUGUGAAUUUGGAAAAAAUUGUAUCAUGUUUAAUGACGUUUUUGUCCACUUUAGUCAAAGAGUUGAUGAACAAAUGACUUGAAACCUUUAUUGGUCAGCUCAAAGUCCAGCAGCAAUAAAAGUGGGCAAAAUGAAACAUCCCGAAUCUGCACUUGAAAAUUUGAAUUGAAUUCUGAAGCAAAAAUUCACACUAACUAGAAAAGAAAAAGAAAAAAAACACUGAAAGCCAAACCGCCAUUGAUUACAUUGUGCUGUAUUAUACUGUAGAUCACAUGUGUCAAACUUAAGGCCCUUGGGCCAAAUCUGGCCUGUCACAUUUUAUGUGGCCCACGAAAGCACAUUUUGCAUGUCAAUUAUUCUUGCUAAAAUCUGUACCAAAAUCUCAUAUGUAAUAAAUAUUACAAGCAUUUUGUUACCAAACUAA